AUGGCUUCCUCUUUCGCCCGAACUGCCCUCAAUCCCAACCCCUCCACACACUUACCCUCUUCCCCAACCCCUCGCCGGAGAACGGCGGCCAUGGCUAUCCGAUCGGAGAUGAAGGUGUACCGAGGGACCUGGAUGAGAGAGCAGCGGCUGGCGGAGAUGAUCGAGCGGAAGGUGACGGAGGCGAAGCGGGUCUGCGGCGAGGACGCGGCGUCGGACGAGUGCAAGGUGGCGUGGGACGAGGUGGAGGAGGUCAGCCAGGCGAAAGCCGAUCUCCGGCUGAAGAUCCAAAUCCUCGGCCGUGAUCCGCUCGAACACUUCUGCCGGGAGAAUCCCGAGACCGACGAGUGCCGGAUUCAUGAGGGUUGA